AUGACUACAGCUACCGACAUCAGGCCCGAGACGCCUGACCACAUAGAGGAAGGCCCACGCGGCAAGAAUGCCACAAACUAUGACCUCGUCGACAAAGAAGUCGCCGAAUAUGUCAACGAAACACGAAUUCAGAUUGACGACAGCACAAACAGGCGACUAAAACGAAUGAUUGACAAGCGUAUCUUGGCUGUGAUGAUUGUGACUUAUUUCACCCAAGCGUUGGACAAGGGUACCAUGUCUUUUGCUUCCAUCAUGGGCAUUAUUGAGGAUACGAACCUCGCAUCGAACCAGUAUUCAUGGUUCACGACUAUCAUAUUUCUAAUUAUCCUGGUCGUCGAGUAUCCAACCAACUUCAUACUUCAGCGACUGCCCAUUGGAAAGUACUUGGCCGCGAACAUCAUUCUAUGGGGUGCGACCCUGUCAUUUCACGCCGCCGCUCCGAAUUUCGUUAGUCUUCUUGUUCUCCGUGGUCUGCUUGGUGCUUUUGAAGCAGUAUGCCAACCUGCGUUCGUGCUUUUGUCUUCUACUUGGUACAAGAAAGAAGAGCAAGCUGGCCGUAUCGUCAUGUGGUAUAUGAUGAACGGCUGCCAGCAAAUUCUUGGCGGUCUCCUGGCCUUCGCAUUCUCGUUCGUUCCGAAGGAAUCGCCACUAAAAGCCUGGCAAGCGCUUUUCAUGACGUAUGGUGUGGCAACAGUGUUUUGGGGCGUCUUUGUGCUCUUUUGGAUACCCGACUCUCCCAUGCGAGCAAAGUGCUGGUCUGAGGAAGAUAAAAAGCUCAUGGUGGAGCGCGUCCGCGAAAACCGAACGGGCGUUCAGAACCGUGUUUUCCGCAAGGAGCAGAUUGUACAUGCCCUCAAAGACCCCCAAGUCUAUGCAUUUGCCUUGAUCCAGUUCUGCACCACCUUACCGUCGGGUGGGUUCGGCGCAUAUGCUUCCAUCAUCAUCAAGUCUUUCGGAUUCACAACUUGGCAGACACAGCUUCUUCAGAUGCCAACUGGUGUAGUCAUGAUUUGUGUGAUGCUCACAUCUGUCUGGGCGGACCGGAAGUUCAAACAGACCAUCCUUAUCAUGAUGGUGGGCGUCUUGCCAACCAUUGCCGGAACUGUGGCCUUAAUCUCUGUGCCAUUCGAACCCAGCAAACGAGUUGGCCUCCUCAUCGCCUACUACGCCAUGUACUCGUUCUGGGUUUGUUCUGGUCUUGCUCUCUCCCUCGUGUCUAGAAACGUCGCAGGUCAAACCAAGAAAACUGCCGUCAUCGCCAGCAACUUCGUAUUUUGGGCAAUGGGCAACUCUAUUGGUCCACAGUGCUUCCGGGACAAGGACAAGCCACGCUACUUCAUGGCCCUCUCGAUCGUACUUGGAUGUUUUAUCCUUCUCGAGGUGGUCUUAAUUGUGCUACGAACCUACUAUGUCUGGAUGAACAAGCGGCGCGACGCUAUGGUGGCGAGCGGGGAGGUCGUAGCGGAUGUCGACUUCGCGCAUUCGUUUGAGGACAUCACAGAUAAUCAAAAUCCGCACUUCAGGUAUUCCUACUAA